AUGAAACACAAUUACGAUUAUGAACUGGUGAUAAAUAAAUUUCUUCGCGGCCAAAACUUUUUAAAUUGUUUGUAACUGGUGCAUAUAAACCCCUUUUGUAGCUAAAAGGUCAAACAGGGGUUGUUACGCUCGCUAAACCGUCGGAAUAAAAUAGCCCAAAAAUAAAUGAACAGAAUUUCUAAACGUAAAUUAGUUUUUGUAAAAGUCUGUUCACCGUUCAGUUUUAUCCGAUUUACAAACGAGGAAAAAAUCUAAAAAAAAGACGUCCGCAGGAGCCUAUCGUGAGUCCGCGUUUUACCAGUCCGCGUUUUACUAGUCCGCGUUUUACCAGUCCGCGUUUUACUAGUCCGCGUUUUGCUAGUCCGCGUUUUACCAGUCCGCGUUUUACCAGUCCGCGUUUUACUAGUCCGCGUUUUACUAGUCCAGUCCAGUCCAGUCCACGAAAUACAGUAUGCC